AUAUCGUCAUGGUGCACUUGGCGCAUGAAGACCUGGACAAAGUGAUCUGGGGCGACGCGGCCUCUCGCGUGCCGACAGAUGCCGCGCUGAGUAUGCUUGUACGAAAUCUGCAGGUGGUGUGGUCGGCACGACUAGCGUUGUGGGUGGUGCAAUCGUGGAUCGAUGCUGCAUGGUCGACGGACACGGCGAAAGCAACAGGGAUCCUCCUGCUUCUGUAUGCACUAUCUUUCUUCCUCUACAUGAGAGGUCGUCACGCCUUGAACUUCAAGCUGCUCCUCCUCGUGGGUGUCGUGGGGCUAUGCGUCGAGGUCGCAAAGCCCGCGGCCGCCUUGUUCCAACAAAGCGAGGUCCAAGCCGCAAAGCACGACGACACCGUUCGACGCAUUCUUCGCGUCGUGGCGAUAUUCCUCGGUCUGGUCACGUUCUGGUGCACCGUCCGAAUCAUGUGGCGAAUCGUUCACAUUAUGUCUCCCAAGAAAUCGGUCCGCAAGCGGCUAUAGGUCUCGAUAGCAGCUUUCUUGUGCGUGCCAUAGGCGUCCACUCCAUGAAUCAACGUCCGUCGACCUCUCUUGGUA